GGCUCGGUCGACCUGCAGGCGUGAGGGUGCCGCUGCUCCCUGGGGGUCCGAGCAGCCCCCCGUGGCCUCACGGCUGCAGCUGAAGGAUCGCGGCAGGGCGGUGGGGGUGUCCGCAGAUACCCGCCGGACCAUGCGAGGGACUGGAUUGCAACUGCAGAGGCAGCAACAGCUGAACCUUUAAAGAUGCAUACGGGGCUGCACAAAGAGAAGAGAGAAACUGGAGAGACCAAUGAAGUGAGGAAAAAGUUUAACAGGGAAAACCUGUUUUCUGGCAACAACUGAAGAAGCCCUCGGAAGCUGUUCCUUUGGGCCUCAUGGAGCAGCUGGAAGCCGUGCUGUGAGACCCCCAGCGGGAGGAGCUGUCGCCCACUGAUCACUCAGCACGACGGUCGUCAUGGCCAGCAAGAGGAAGUCCACCACCCCGUGCAUGAUCCCUGUGAAGACCGUGGUGCUGCCCAGCUCCAGUGCCGAGGCCCCGCCCGCAGAGCCCGGGCCCGAGGGGCCCCCCCAGGAGCCGCCCCCGGAAGCGCCUGCCACCAGCACCGAGGCCACCCAGAGCGCCAGUGGUCCCGAUGUCCCCUCGCUUGCCAACGGGCACCGGAGCACCUUGGAUGGCUACGCGUAUGCCUGUAAAUACUGUGACUUCAGAUCCCAGGACAUAACCCAGUUUGUGGGACAUCUGAGCUCAGAGCACACAGACUUUAACAAAGACCCAAGCUUUGUAUGCACUGAAUGCAGCUUUCUGGCAAAAACUCCCGAGGGGCUUUCUCUGCACAACGCCAAGUGUCACUCGGGGGAAGCCAGCUUUGUGUGGAAUGUGGCCAAGCCAGACAAUCACAUGGUUGUGGAGCAGAGUGUCCCCGAGGGCACCAGCCCUCCUGACCUGUCAGGGGAGCCAAACGUGGAGGGGACGGAUGGACAGGCGGAAAUCAUCAUCACCAAGACCCCAAUCAUGAAGAUAAUGAAAGGCAAAGCUGAAGCCAAGAAGAUCCACACGCUCAAGGAGAACGUGCCCAGCCAGCCCACCAGGGAGGCCUUACCAAACCCUCCAGCUGGGGACACGGAGGUGAAAGAGGGGGACCACGCCUUUGUCAACGGUGCGGCCCCCACCAGCCAGGCCUCAACCAACCCCACGAAGCCCCCCCACUCAGCCAACGGGCCCCUGCUGGGGACGGUGCCAGUGCUGCCUGCGGGCAUCGCCCAGCUCCUCUCCCUGCAGCAGCCACCCCCGCAGGCCCAGCAGCCCCUGCCCACCGCCAGGUCCCUCCCCAAAGUGAUGAUCCCGCUGAGCAGCAUUCCCACGUACAACGCGGCCAUGGACUCCAACAGCUUUCUGAAGAACUCCUUCCACAAGUUCCCCUACCCGACCAAAGCCGAGCUCUGCUACUUGACUGUGGUCACCAAGUACCCGGAGGAACAGCUCAAGAUCUGGUUCACCGCCCAGAGGCUGAAGCAGGGCAUCAGCUGGUCCCCGGAGGAGAUUGAGGACGCUCGGAAAAAGAUGUUCAACACUGUCAUCCAGUCGGUGCCCCAGCCCACCAUCACGGUCCUCAACACCCCCCUGGUCGCCAGCAGUGGCAACGUCCAGCACCUCAUCCAGGCCGCUCUGCCCGGGCAUGUGGUGGGGCAGCCGGAGGGCGCGGCGGGGGGACUUCUGGUCACUCAGCCUCUGAUGGCCAAUGGGCUGCAGGCCCCCAGCUCCUCUCUCCCCCUGGCAGUCACCUCUGUCCCCAAGCCGCCUGCUGUCGCACCCAUUAACACCGUGUGUUCAAAUACGACAUCGGCCGUGAAGGUGGUAAACGCCGCCCAGUCGCUCCUCACAGCCUGCCCUAGCAUCACCUCCCAAGCCUUCCUCGAUGCCAGCAUCUACAAGAACAAGAAGUCUCAUGAACAGCUGUCAGCUCUGAAAGGGAGCUUCUGUCGGAACCAGUUCCCAGGGCAGAGCGAAGUGGAGCAUCUGACCAAGGUGACAGGCCUCAGCACCCGGGAGGUGCGCAAGUGGUUCAGCGACCGCAGGUACCACUGCCGGAACCUCAAGGGCUCCAGGGCUGGCCUGCCUGGAGAGCACGGCACCCUGCUCGUCGACCCUGUGCCCGAGGCACCCUUCUCCCCAUCAUGCAAGGCCCCCGAGGUGACCUGCCUCCCCACAGCGGCCACCCUGGCCACCCCACCUUCUGCCAAGCGACAGUCCUGGCACCAGACCCCCGACUUCACACCAACCAAAUACAAGGAGCGGGCCCCCGAGCAGCUCAGAGCCCUGGAGAGCAGUUUUGCACAAAACCCCCUUCCCCUGGACGAGGAGCUGGACCGCCUGAGAACUGAGACCAAAAUGACCCGCAGGGAGAUUGAUGGCUGGUUUUCAGAGAGACGGAAAAAAGUGAGUGCCGAGGAGGCCAAGAAGGCCGAGGAGGGGGCUUCUCCAGGGGAGGAGGAGGCCGCUGAGACUGAGGGGGAGGAGGGCUUAGCCGGGGAAAAUGGCUCCCCAGAAGCGCCCAGUGGCCACUCGCUGGCCGAACGCAAAGUCAGCCCCAUCAAAAUCAACCUCAAGAACCUGCGGGUGACAGAGGCCAACGGCAAGGGCGAGCUCGUGGGGCUGGGCGUCUGCGAGCCUGAGGACGAGGUGGCCGGCAAGCUGGCGGAGCAGCCACCAGGCAAGGCGGGCUGCAAGAAGACGGCCCAGCAGCGGCACCUGCUGCGGCAGCUCUUCGUGCAGACGCAAUGGCCCAGCACCCAGGACUACGACUCCAUCAUGGCCCAGACGGGCCUGCCGCGGCCCGAGGUGGUGCGCUGGUUUGGGGACAGCCGGUACGCCCUGAAGAACGGCCAGCUCAAGUGGUACGAAGACUACAAGAGGGGCAACUUCCCCCCUGGGCUGCUAGUCAUUGCGCCCGGCAACCGGGAGCUGCUGCAGGACUAUUACGUGACCCACAGGAUGCUGUAUGAGCAGGACCUGCAGAGCCUGUGCGAUAAGACCCAGAUGAGCGCCCAGCAGGUCAAGCAGUGGUUUGCCGAGAAGAUGGGUGAGGAGACCCGGGCUGUGGCCGACACGGGCAGCGAGGGCCAGGGCCCCUGCGCCGGCGACCCUGCGGCCAUUCACAAAGGGCUGGGUGACGCCUAUGUGGAGGACUCCCACAGUGAGUCGUGGGAGCCCAGCGCCCCUGAGGCCAGCGCAGAGCCCUUUGACACGCAGAGUCCCCAGGCUGGACCUCAGCUGGAAACAGACUGAACGGGAACUGAUGGCUGUGAAGGACCGGCCAGCCUUGGGAGGCUGCCGCCGCUUGGAAAGGCCCAGCCCCUCUCUGCUGCCGCAGGCCGAGGCCACACCAGCCCCUGGCCUGCACAGGCCUCCAUGCAGCCAAGCCUGCCACCACCCAGCCCGCCACCGCCCGCGAGCGGGGAGACGCAUCUGCCAGUUCUCCUGCCCACAAUGUAGGACUUCUCCUUUGCCUUCCAGUGAAUAAAUAGUUCAGAUUUCAUAUUCAUAGACACAGAAUCAAGUUUUUAACAUAAAAAUCUGCCUAUACACGUUUAGUAAAACGUCAGAUUGCAGACACUUUUAUUACAUAGCAACUCUGGUUAGCAGUCCAUGGUCUCUUACAUCAUCUCUGGAAACGCCCCGUGUCUGCUCUCUGAAGAUCGCUGGGCCGCGCGUGCCUACACCUUCCACGGUCGGGCUGGGGUCACCACAUCUGCAACCGCGGGCCUCCUUUGUGGUCCUCGAGGAAGGCAGCGCCUUUGAAGAGACCUUGGCCCUUUCAGCGGUGACCCGCAAACCGCACAGUGGGCUCGCCUCGCCUCCUGGGAUGAUCACUGCAGAGCCUGUGUUCCCGGCGGUUUAAUAAACAGAGCGGGUAUGUGGUUAGUGUCUGAUGCUCACACUCUCGUAAGCUGUUACAGCAGUUCUGCUUUUUCAUAGAGUUUGACUCAUGGACCAUAACUCUUCAGUGAUCAGAUCGACUAAAGAAACACCGGUCAAGCCUGAUGUCCUGACCUAUGUGCCGCUUUUUUUUCAGUCUAGACAUCUUUAGAGAGGAAAAUUGACAAGAGAAACAGGGAUGGGCGAUGGGAGUGAAGACCACAGCCGCUGGGGGCCUUCCACAGCCCUCUGUCAAUACUCACUCCACAGCCGCCUCUGGUUUGGGAAGGGAGACCCAGGCUCAACCUGUCAGAGCAAGAACUGACGGGGCUCGGGGGCCUCUCGGAACCAUCAGAGCCGGGGUGGUCCUCAGCACAGAGACCUGUGUGUGGGGUUCCCGACAAAGUCCGAGUCCUGGCCCCACACCUGGGGCCUGGCUGGUGUGCUGGACUUGGCUGGACUGGUCUUUGUGAGGUUUUUAAAGUUCUGUAUUUAUAUCCCCGAACUUGGAAACACGAUCUCUAUGUUAGCCGAACCAUCAUAUCCGCUUUUUUAAUUGAGAAAAGUCACAGGAAGAGGUGCCUCUGUAACCCUGAGAAACUUGCUUACAAAGCUGUGCUCAGCAGUAAAUCCCUGUAUCCCCAAGACCAGCCACUCUGCAAGCAGCAGGUAAAGAGUAAAGCUCCCAGAAACCCCCUGCUGCCCAGAGCACCAAGGCCUGGGUGCUCCUCCUGGGCCGAGGCCAGUGGGCAGCAUCAGGAGACCCCAGAGGGACGGCAGGGGCUGUGGUGAGAAAUACUAGGGGUAUUUCUCCACGGCCCUCCUCCUCACCUGCCCCCCAGAACCAGGCCAGGCAGGCACCGCAUGGGCGUGGCUCCCAGCAUGGAGGUGGUGCUCGCCCCUUCUGCCUCCGGGAGAGGCUUUUCUGUGGAAACCAAAAGCCCCAGAGCCACUGUUCCUCCCAAGUGUCUUCUCCCACUUGCCCGUCCCAUGAGGGACCACCUCUCCUUUGAUAAACAGGUCGCAUGUGAGGGCUUGGCAUGCUCUGCAGCCUGUUUUUGUGUCCUUUUCAUGUUGGGUGUGAAGCUACUUAGCCCCAAAGCCUCUGUGGAGAAUUGCCAAGAAUGGCGAGCGGUUGCCUUCUAUCAGAGAACAGACGCCUGGAACUUUUCCUGUAGUGUUUAUGUACAUGCAGAUUAAUUCACAUAUAUCCAUAUGCAGCGGAUGCUCAGUUGAUGCUUUCCUGGUGAAGUGUACACCUGGCGUGCACAUGAGACCGUGGUGGCACAUGGGUGCUGGAGGUGGGCGGGGCCGCCGUGCGAAGCCAGCUCCAAUGGCUGCGUCCCAGAGCCCUGUGUGCCCCAGCCGAGGGCUGUCUCUUCAGAGAGGAUCUUCUUUGCUUUUCUUUUGUAUUCACAUGUCAUUUACAACCCAAACAGCAAAGCACAGAAAAUAAAUCACAUGGUGGACAAGUUCAUGCAGGACACAGUGACCCCGCCUCAGCACCAGCUGGUCCUUAAAAGGUGGGAAAGUCACAGUGCUACCUGCGGGCAGGUCUUCUCACAGACGCGAGCCCUGCCCGACAGCCAGGAUGUGCUGCACCUGGCCCCCCCACCCCCACCCAAGUGGUGAGACCACCCAGGCUGGCCAGACCCUCCUUCCUGUGCUCUUGGAUCUGAGUGACUUAGGUGCGGGCUCAGCUGCAUGCUUGAAGGAGACAGAGAUAGUUGGGUCAUCGAAUGGGUGUCUGAAGAUACCUGGGGCCCUGGGGGCAAAAGCAGGAACACAGCCAACCGGGCAGAGACGCACCCACGGCAGCCAGAGCCGGGGUGCAGAGGGAAGGCCCCGUGGCCAGGAGGGUCACUGCAGGUUUGCACCCCAGCAGAGGGUAGACUGUGAUGUCGCCUCUGGUAGGAGGCAGUCUCUGGGCUGCAGAGCUGAGGGAAGUAGGCUGGGGCUAGUCUCUCCUGAAGAAAAGCCCGCUUUUGUAAGGUGACUAAUCUCUCCCCUCGGCUCUGUCUGCACCUGGGCUCGUCAGAGACGGUGAGCCAUGUCAGUGUUUCCUGCUGCCUGUCUUGUACAUGGUUGGUGUAUUGUACUUUUUACACGGGGUUGUAGAUCCAGUUUGAACAGGUGAGACCAGAUUGCCAUUCUGAUACAGGAAACCUGGAUUUAUGCUACAUAUACUUUCAUACCUUGAUUAUGGAUUUUCUUGACUAUUGAGCUUUUUGAUUUGGAAAGUGGGCUCUCUUUGUCGGGAGUCCUGGGGUCCUGAAGUGGAAAGCCAGGCUGGGGCACUUGUGGCACCUGGGGAGGGUGGCCCUGUGUGACCCAAGCUCCUUUCAAGGCUGACUGUCGGGAGCACAGGUGGGAGGUGGGCAAGGGUGGGUGGCAUAGGUGGCACCUGCAGGCACUCACGGGCCCGGGAGGCCUUCCCACCUGAAGCCCUGCGUGUUGUCCAGGCCAGGACACAGAUGCCGUGGGCUCUGUCCAGCUCAGCCUGUGGUCUUGUGGCAGGUCCUGUGUCCCCUCCCUGGGUGCCAGGCUGCCUUCUGCAGAGGCACAGCAUCAGCUGUUGUGUGCACACCUUUGCUGACAGCUCCCUGCUUCUGCUGCCCUGUCCCGGGCCCUGCUGCCUCGUCUCCCUGUUCUCUUCUCGGACCAAAUGCCUCCAGCUGGAGCGGCUUUUGUCCAUUCAAAGAUUGCAGCCCAAGUGGAUAAAGGCACUUUGCAGGAGAGACGAGCCAGCCAAGGAAAAAUCAUAAAACCUGGAGUUUGGGCUCCUCCUAAAGCUCCUUCCCCCCUUUGCUAUGCUUAGACUCACCCUGGGGUGGGGUGCCGGUCUUACCUUUUGUGUGACGACUAAACUGUGCAAGGCUCAGCUGUGUGCUAGAGAAAAGGCCUCUAGACGCGGGCAGCCCUUGCAGGCCGAAGCCAGCAGCUGCCCUGGUCAGGAGAGUCGCGGGCUGUGUCCUCUUCUCAGCCACUGGCCCCUCGUCCUGUGCUCCCACACCCGCUGCCUUUGCUUCUGUUCCCAGGAGCACAGACCCUCCCCACCUGCCUGCCCAUGCCUGGGGGCUAGAGGACAUCUGCCUGCACAGCAGCGCCAACACCGGAAAACGUGGGGUGAGCAGGGCCCCCUCUCUCCUCAGCAGUCCCCUCCCCAAGCAGGGCUUCAGUCUGGGGUCCCCCCCGUGUGUGUCCUGGCUCCAUUCAUAACAGCCGGGCCGGGUGACAUGGGCUGGGGUGGCUACAGGCGACCUCGCAACAGACGGAACGGAUGCGGAGUGGAGGAUGAAGUGAUUGUGUAGCAUGGAGCUUGCUGCCCGGCUCUAGGUCUAGGUGAACCCACGGGCCUCGUGUGCAAUUCGUUUCUGCUGGAAUCUGUGUCCCCAGCUCUGGUCACACUUGGGGGCAGGGAGGUGAGGGCAGACGCAGCUUCCCCUCAGGGCUGACCUGGCAUCUGGGUGGGAGGAGAAGCAGAGGAGCGCUUGCCUGGAGAGGACAGGCUGCCUGCUCUUAAACCUGUGACCGGCGUGCAAACCUGGCCUCCUCUGCACAGAGGUCCUGGCCGGCACCAGACUGGAGCCCGACAGUGGGAGCUCGCGUGGGGCAGAGGGCAGAGCGGGUGGGCGCCUGGCGCUGGCGGCUCUGCGGAUGAGGGUGGGCCUGGCUCCCGCUCUCCCAGGUGCUGAGUCCUACCUGGGUUGCUGGACGCGGGGCAUCGGUGCAGCCCCUCCCCUGCUGUCCUCGCCCGGCCAAGCCCCUCUGGCUGUGUCUCCUGGCAGGCAGGUUCUUGCGGGGAGUCUGGGCAUUUACCUGGAGAGCGCGUCUUCCUCCAGGAGUCCACUCUGCCCCCCUGGGCAGGGGAGGUGAGAAGCAUCUCUCAGCUGAGGCUAAUUUACGACGUCUGUCCCUCCCCUUGGUGAGGGGACGGUCUGAAGGCCCCCAUGUGACUGGAGCGGGAGGUGGACAGUCCAGGAGUCACAGAGGACAGGAAGCUGCAGGCCCACAGUCUGGUCCUUCCCGGUCAGGACCCUUUCAGGGUGCCUGCUUGUCCUGCGAUUCGUGUUCAGGGACGCUGUCCCUCACCCUGGGUCCUGCCCCACCAGCUUUCCCAUCCAGUUUGCUGCCCUUGUGGCCUGGAGAGCCAGCGCCCCCCUGGGUGGAUGCGGCCUGGUCGCAGGCUGUAGGGUGAUGCUGAGGGGAGAGGGGGUCACCCCUGAGCAGUGGGUUCCUGCCCAGCUCCCCAGCACCACUUCGUUCAGUGUGUCCAGGGAGCCGGACUGUGCCAUCAUUGUUGGAGACCCCCUCAUCCCUGUCUGUGCAGUCGACUGAAAGUGCACUGAGCGCAGCCUCUGUGCCAGGCCAGAGGUUGCCAGAGGCGAGCAGGGUCUGUCUGCCUCCCUGGUGGCUGGUUUUCUGCCGCCCACUCACGGGCUGGUCUUCAGCACAGACCUUUUGUUCCCUGAGGGCGGGCGAGGGCGGCUGCGGGAGGAAGGCUGGGAGGGCAGGGGCAGCUGGCUGGAGGUGUGCUUCCUGCCCCGGAGCCGCCGCAGCAGCCAUCAUCUUGGUGCUAAGAGGCCACUGCCCUAUUCUGUCCGUCCAGGGCCCUCCUCCUCCGGUGAGGGAGGCACAGGCCCACGCGGGCUGUCACCAGGCCUGGCGGAAGCGCAGUCCUCAUCCCAGGAAGGUGUUUUUAACAGAAAGUUGGAACUUGCCUUUGGACGGCGGCUGUGCUGGGCCAGGAGGAGGGGGCUGCCCUCUGGGCUGAGUCUCCAGGCCUCACAAGGUCCCCUGUGGGGAUGCUGCUAUUUCUAAGAUGCAAAUUGCACAUUUCCUAGAUUUUUAUAUCUGUGGAUUUGGAUAAGGGAGGGGAACAGGGCCAAACUGCUUGUACAAUUUGAAAUGGGCCGAAAUGGUACUUUAAAUCUUUUGAUUGCUCCUAAAUAAAAAUGUAAAUACAUUUCAAA